GCAGUUACAGCUUAUUCACGAAUGUAUAUGAAUAAAUUAAUGCAUUUAAAAGGGUAUAUAUAUUAUUAUACAGAUACAGAUUCUUUAAUUGUAGAUAAAGCUUUACCUUCUAAAUAUGUAGGAACAGAAUUAGGACAAUUAAAAUUAGAAUAUUCUAAUUUUAAUGGUUUAUAUAUAGGUCCUAAAAUAUAUUUAGUUGAUAAAUAUAAUAGUGAUAUAAUUAUUAAAGCAAGAACUAUUGGGUCUGAUUUAACA